CUGCCGUAGAAGCUCUGCAAUCUACCUGAAGAUCGUGCGUCAGAGCCUGCUGGAUUGUAUAGGGUAGACUUGGCGGCGUUGGUAAAAUGGAAAGCAUCUGCGGAAGUCAGAAGUUUGUCUUCGAACAGGUCGGUGGGAGAUGCCGUCUCGUUUGCGAAGAUGAUUUCCGUUCUGUGGUUGAGACUGAAGAGCACAGGAGCUUGCGAAAGGCACGUCGAGAAGCAGCGGAAAAGGAGCGACGCAGCAGCAAACGCGAUGAACAACGCAAGAAGGUCGCCGAAUUUCUGAGGCUGAAGAAGUUCGGCAGUGAUGUGAACGCACCGAAGACAUCCUGCUGCGGUUUCUUCUCUACGUAUCCUUUGCAAGAAGCCGCGCGAGAAACUUUCUCUUUGCUCAGAUUAUUUUCUCCUAAAUGUUCAUUUCAGAUGCAUAUCUGACCACAGGUGCUUGGGAUUUCACUGAAUCGUGGGCAGUUUGCUGCCGAAAGCUGCAGGAUAAGCAUUGGAAAAUGGUGCUUCUGCUCAUGCAAUGUGGGGCUGAUGCGAAGAAGAAGGACAGUUUUGGAAAAACAGUCUUGGACUUGGUUGAUAGCCCACCAGUGCGUGAUCACAUUCUGCAGCUCCAUUUGCGCAGGGUGACGGAGCAAGAGCCCAGGACAAAACCGGAGAAAUUGAUCAGAUGAC